AUGGACCCACAACCAUCCAUUUCCCUUCGUCUCCGCAGACUUCUUCGGCUCCCUUCUUGCAUGAACGCAGUCCCUCCUAAUCGGAACGAUCAACUUCGUGGUCCCCUGGAUUUCCCUGCUACGUCGCCCCUACCCCACCCUCUCUCGGAGCGUACCGCAACUCAGGGACAUUCAAAUAUCUAUUCCGGCGAGAACUCUCACUCACUGCCAAUGACCCAAUCAUCUGUCACCUCCAAUUCCCGCCCCCACAAUCUAUUAUCCUGGUGGCCCCUUCGUGCGAGUCACGCACAGAUGCAUAUCGUUGAUGUUCCUCUCGCGCAGGGUAAAGAGUGCAAUGCUGCAGCGGAUGCUCCCAGAAAAGACAAUGAUAUAGUACCCGAUGAAUACUUCGACCCGCCUUCACCGAACCCCAAUUCACAACAACCAGCCGCACAGACCAACGCUGGAGAGCAUGGAGGCGACCGGUGUUGUUUCUGCUUCUAG